AUGCAUGUCGAUUUCCCCCUCACUCCCACCUCGCUCCAGAACACAAUCCGACGCCUUCUCUGUCCCCUCUUCACAAGACUGCUGCCUACCGGCGGUUCGCAUCUCACCUCACAUCGGAAAUUGGCGAGGUCCGGCAAACAAUUCUCCCUUGAUUACCCCAAGUACCGGUUGUCAUUCUCGUCUUGGCGGCAUACACACCGCAUACGCAACACGCACGCGCACCUGUGGGAGUUAAGGCUGCAUCCGAUGCCUGGGUCGAUGAAGUAUAGCUACAACUGGAACGAAGGCAUGACUCUAUCCCAACUUCGAGGCCAAAUCGAAACCGGAUUGAGUCGAUACCGACAAAAGCCGCAGAGCCGCAACAGCAGAGCCUCCUCCGAGAGCCGCAAGCUCGCUUCGUUUUGGGAAUUUGGAUGGCUUCCCACGUCGUAUGCUGGCCCAUGGCGUCCUUUUGCCGCCCUUCGUACUUUCGGCGCAAGACACAAGGAGUCAUAUUCUCCUCUUCCCCUCAUCACUGGUGGAUAUUUCCUUGAAUAA